AUGAGUUCAAAUGGAAUGAGCGAUCUCAACGCUUCAAUAGCAAGCGCUCUUUCGGCGAUUAGUGCAAACAAUGCUGCAACAUCUGCAACUUCAAGCUCUUUAUCUUCAGGGCUACUCGGAUCCAUUUCUAACAACCUCUUUUCUGGCUCUUCUAGUAUCGGAGGAGGGAUAGGAGCACCUUCAACUUCAACAACUCAACCAAAAGAAAGUGUCCAUGGAAAAGACCCGAUUGGGUCAUUUUCAAGUGCGGAUUUGAAUUUAAUCAGCUCGUUUUUGAAACAGAAAGCGUCUGAAAAUCACUACAAGACUAAAAUUGAUUUGUCGAUGACGAGCGAAGUUCGAAAGCAGUUCAACGACCUUGUAAAUGGUGCAAGAUGCCUCGAGGCGGAGUGUAGAAACACUAUGAAAUUACUUAACAACUUAUUGGAUAAAUCAGUGACGACUUCACAAUUGUUACAAAGACAAGUAGGGUCUCAGUGCGUAUACGCAGACCCUUUCCUCGCUUUUAAAUAUCAAGACUACAAACAACAAGUUGACGGACUCAUUAAUCAGAUCGAAGCUACAUAUCAAAGCUGCGCACAAACAGAGUCCGAUAACAACUACGACCAUAUCAAGAAUGUGUUUGAGACAAAUGCAUCGGCUUUGAACUACUUAAACAAGGCUGUACAUGCGAUCAGAGCAGAGAUUAAUUCUUCAAUGACUAGUGUAAGCAGAGCAAUGGAGACUGAUUGA